GUUGCAACCUUCACACUUGAGUUCUUCAUUUCACCAGUGAACAACUGUCAAGAGAAACGGUGUAAGCGACGAGAGCGAGAAUGUUUGCGAAAUUAUUCUUCCUCGCUUUUGUGGGGAUCAGUGCUGCCUACCAGUACGAUUACCAAAGCGAGUUCGCCUACAACCGGCCGGAGAACAAAACGGGUUACGAGUAUGGUGCCUGGGAACCGAACCGCGAAUACGUCUACAAUGUUACUUCCAAAACGAUGACAGCGUUGAACGAUCUUGAUGACCAGUGGACCGGAAUUGUGUCCCGCGCACGCCUUGUGAUGCGCCCGAAGGAUCCACAGUACGUGGUUGUCCAUGUCGAGCGCGCGGAGUACGCCGUUCUGAAUGAGCGUCUGCCUCAAGGAUACCGCACCGAGCUGCGAGAGCAAGACCUGAAAUACAAACCCCUGCCGAUGAGUUCCAAGCCAUUCGGUAUCCGCUACCACAAGGGAGUCAUUAAGGGUCUAUACGUCGAACAAACCAUUCCCAACAAUGAAGCCAACAUCCUGAAAGCAUGGGCCAGCCAGUUCCAGCUAGAUACCUAUGGAAGCAACAAGAUGAACUCAAAGUACAACCAGUUCCCGGAGAACAACUCCUUCACUGGAGUCUACAAGGUCAUGGAACCCACCGUAACCGGCAACUGUGAAACCCUGUACGAUGUCAACGCCGUUCCGGAAUAUAUCGCUCAAGCCAAUCCGGACUGGGCUCCAAAGCCACAGUACCGUGAAGAAGGUCAGUACUACUUUGAAGUCAUGAAGACCCAGAACUUCGAUAACUGCGAACAACGCAUGGGUUACCACUUCGGUUUCAGUGGUGAGAGCGACUUUAAGCCAAAUACCAACCAGAUGGGCAAUGUUGCCUCGAAGUCUUCCGUAUCCCGCACGUUCCUCUCCGGCAACUGGUACAACUACACCAUCCAAUCAUCCAGCACCACCAACAAGGUUGUGAUUGCUCCAUCUCUGGUCAACCAAGAGAAGGCUAUGGUGUACUCACAGGUCAACAUAUCGCUCAAUAAAAUAUCCGCAUACGAAAAAACUCCGGAAGGCCCAGCUGAUGAUCGCCAGGUGUUUGUCGAUCUGGUCUACAGCUAUAACAUGCCCAGCGAUAAGAAGAACCAAGUUCGUCCAGGAAAUGAAACAUCUUCCUCUUCCUCAUCGUCGUCCUCGUCAUCGUCGUCCUCGUCAUCGUCGUCGUCCUCGUCAUCCUCGGACUCAUCUUCUUCCUCAUCCGAGUCGUCAUCCAACUCGUCCGACUCUUCCAGCUCCAGCUCGGAAUCGAAGGAAAACCCUAAAAUCAGUCCAGCUGAACAAGCCAAAAACAAGGAACAGAAGAAAAAUACCGUUAGCCGCCAGCGUCGUGAUCUGAAUGCCGAGAAGGAAAAGAAAUACUACCAAGCCUACAAGAUGGACCAGUACCGUUUGAGCCGCAACAACGAUACCUCAUCCGAUUCAAGCAGCUCCGACGAUUCGAAGUCUUCUUCGUCCAGCUCGUCGGAAUCAAAUGAAGGCGGAAAUGGCAAGAACAAUAAUAAUUCUUCGUCAUCUUCUUCAUCUUCCUCUUCAUCAUCGUCAUCAUCCUCUUCCUCAUCUUCUUCGUCUUCCUCAUCGUCUUCUUCAUCAUCGGAGUCCGAUUCGCUGAGCAGCGAGGAAGCCUACUACCAGCCUGCCCCACAGAACUUCAAGGAUGCUCCUCAAGCUCCCCUACUGCCGUACUACACCGGAUACAAGGGCUCCAACGUUCAGAACGCUCGCAACGUCGACGGACAACGUACGGUUAGCAAACUGGUCCAGGAAAUCGCCGAUGACCUGCAGAACCCAUCCAACCUCCCGAAGGCCAACACCCUGAACAAAUUCAAUAUCUUGGCUCGCGUUCUGCGUACCAUGGAUCAUCAGGAUAUCUACGACGCCACCCAGAAGUACUUCGUUUCCCAAAAGGAACGCAAGGAGGGAGACAACAACAGCCAGAAAUUCAGCAAGCGCGUUGAUGCAUGGAACACCUAUCGAGAUGCUUUGGCUGAUGCCGGUACUCCACCAGCGUUCAAGGUUAUCAAGGAAUACGUCGAAGAAAAGAAGCUCCGUGGUGCGGAAGCCGCUAGCGUGAUCGCUACGCUCCAACACUCAAUCCGUUACCCAACGGAAGCUCUCAUGCACGAAUUCUUCCUGCUCGCUACCUCCAAUGCCGUCCAGAGUCAAGAUGACCUUAACACCACUGCGCUGAUGUCUUUCACCAACUUCGUGAACAAUGCCCAAGUUAACAACCGAUCGGCGUACAACUACUACCCGGUUAACAGCUUCGGUCGUCUGGCUGAUUCUGACUACAAAAUCGUUGCCCACAAGAUCGUCCCAUGGCUCGCCCAUCAACUGCGGCAAGCUGUCAACGAAGGAAACAGCAUCAACAUUCAGGUGUACGUCCGUGCUCUCGGAAAUCUCGGUCAUCCGGAAAUCUUGAACGCUAUGGAACCGUACAUGGAAGGAAAGAUCCGCGUCAGUGACUUCCAGCGUUUGGCUAUGGUUGCCGCAAUGGACCGUUUGACUGAAAAUUACCCAAAACUGGCCCGUUCUGUGCUGUACAAGGUCUACCAAAAUGCCGGAGAUGUUCAUGAAAUUCGUUGCGCCGCCGUCCACAUGCUGAUGCGUACGAACCCACCGGCAGAGAUGCUCCAACGUAUGGCCGAGUACACACACCAGGACCCUAGCCAGUACGUUCGUGCUGCCGUUAAGUCCGCCCUGGAAUCUGCUGCUGAUGCCGAUGAGUAUGACAAUGAUUACGAUUUCUCCGAAAAUGCCAAGGCCGCCGUGAAACUACUGAACCCAGAAGACUUCAGCAUGCAGUACUCUUCGUCGUACAUUCGUGACUAUGCGUUUGAAAAUUUGGAAAUGUCCUACCGUAUGUACCUUGGACAGAUUGGCUCCGAUGAUCAUACCGUGCCGAAUGGAAUGUUCUAUCAGCUCCGUCAGAACUUUGGAGGUCUGAAACGGUACAGCACCUACUACUAUCUGGUCUCGAGCAUGGAGAGUUUCUUCGAUCUCAUGGACAAACAGUACGAUACCGCUAGCAUUCAAGAUGAUCGCAAAUCGGCCGACUACUACUACAAGUAUUACAAACAGUUCCCGAAUAAGAAGAGCGAAUACUUCGAGCAGUACGCCAAAUACCAUGGUGGGCCACAGAACGAUUACUACCAACAGGCCGGCAAUGGGCAGAACAAGUACAGCGAGAAGGAACCGCAAAAGUGGUCCACCACUCGUAUCGCCAAGCUGUUGAACAUUGACGCUGAAGACGCCCAAGAGCUGGAGGGACAGCUGCAGGCGAAAUUGUUCGAUUCGGAGUACUUCUACGCAUUCAACAACCAGAGCAUUGAAAAUAUCCCACGUCAGUUCAAGGAGUUCGCAGCAGAUCUGGAGGAUGGAUGGACUUUCAAUAUGACCAAGUUCUACCAACAGCAAGCCGUUACCUUGGCUUUCCCGUUGGCAUCUGGCUACCCGUUCGUGUACAGUCUGAAGACACCAACCGUUGUGAAGUUUGAAACGGAAGCUACCGUCAAGACUCAUCCAUCUGUCCACCAGAAGCCAGCUGGUCAUCCGGAAAACGAAAAUGACGACUACAUCCACUUCCCACGUACUGCCAACGGAUCCGUUGAUAUCAACAUGGUUUACCAUCGGUUGGUAGACGCUAAGGUUGGAUUCGUGACUCCGUUCGAUCAUCAGCGUUACAUCGCUGGUUACCAGAAGAAGUUCCAGGCGUACCUUCCGUUGAGCAUUGAUUUCGAUCUGGACUUCGAUAAUGACAAAUACGAGUUUGAGUUUGAAUUCCUCGAACCUAAGGAAGAUCAACUGCUAGUCCAUUUGAGCUCAUGGCCAUACACUGGAUACAAGGACAUCACUGACAUUCGACCAAUUGCUGAAAGCCCGAACGCAAGAAUCGUUCACGAUGAGGAACAAACGACGAAGACUUACGAACAAACCGUGGGAGAUAAGAUGACUGGUGUUGCUCUGCGCCUGCAUGCCAAGUACGAUAGCGAUUUCUUCAACUUUGGACGUUUCUAUGAAAUGAUUCAGGAACACGAUUACGCCUCGGCUCUGUUGUAUCCAUUCGCUACGCAGACCUACCACUACCACCAGUUCAAUGUGUACUACGAUUCACAGCGUAGCCCUGCCAAGACGAUGAAGUUCGUAGCUCAAUACAAGCGGGGAGAUUUCAGCGAGGACUACCAGGAAUCCGAUGCUAAACACUCGAAGGGACGCCACGCAUAUUCUGGAUACUAUAACGAAAACAACUACGCUCAACCAAUCGUGUUCACGGCAGGUAGCCAGCGUCGCCAGGAACAGUUCAUUAAGAACGCAGCCGCCGGAAUCAGAAACAGUGAUGCAGCAGUUUACGACUUUGGAUUUACUUUUGAGGGACAUCAACAGAAGAGCGAAUACGUCUUCACCGCUGCUUACGCCGAUAGUCCAGUCGAUGAGAAGUCUCGCUACUUGUUCUUCUUCUCGGGCAGUCCGUACAGUCAGUCGAACAGUUUCUUCGGAACGCCAUACCAGGGCAAACAGUUCCAGAUGUGCUUCUCCGCCCAGAAUGAAUUCCCGAAUGUACCAAAAUUGAACUUCCUUAACGCUUUGAACUACGACGAUAGCUCUUCGAUGCGCUACGAACUGUCCUACGGUGAGCGUUGCCAGGGAGGAGCUCAGAUCACGAUGAAGGGUAAAAUGCAGCAGUCGGAUGAGUACCGUCACUAUCUGCGCAUCUCGAACGUCGGCCAACAGUGCAAGGAACAGAUGGAUCGCGGCUACUAUCACCUGCAAGAAUGCCAGAACGCUACCCGGCAGGCUAGCUACCUGGACCAGUAUCAGUUCAACUUCGAGUUCAAGAAUGUCGAUUCGCAUGCCAGGAAUUGGACCUAUCGCCUAGCUGACUACUUCCAAUACAAGACCUACCCGUACUUCUCGCCAAACUAUUCCUACAAGGGCAAGAGCAACCAGUACCAGUUCAACUUCGAGAUGGCUCCCUACGGAGAUUACUUCAAUGCUUCGUUCUACGCUCCAGAGUAUGCCUUUGAAAUUGAAAACUAUCCGAUCGAGAACUACUACGCUCGGUACUUCGCUGCCAUGCACCCGGAUAUGGACUACUAUGAACGUCUUGCCAGCUAUGCCUACCGCGGAAACUAUCAACCUUCCUGCGCUGUUUCUAGCAACUCCAUUGAUACCUUCGAUGGGUACACCUACGACUACGAAAUGGGAGAAUGCUGGCACGCUGUGCUGCACACUGUGAAGCCAGACUACGAAUACUACGCUCAACAGUCGCACUUCCAGAACGCCGACAGCGAGUACCGCUUCAAGAAUGGAUUCAAUGAGGACGAACAGAUUACCAUCCUGGCCCGCUCGGGAGCUAAGAAUGAGCUAUACUUCAAGGUUGUGCUAGGACAGUACAAGCAGAACGACUACAACAUCGACAUCAUCCCGAACGGUUCCGAACUGCCGCAGGUCUACCUCAACGGAAAGCCCCAGCAGAUCCACGAGAAGUACGCCGUUGAGAUGUACACCAAUGAUCAGAACGACCAGCCUCUGUUCCGUGCCUACGCUCUGCCUGGCAAGGAGUUGGAGAUCAGCAUCCGUGAUGACGACAUCAAGAUUGUGUUCGAUGGCUACCGCGCCCGUAUCUACGCUGACCAGUCGUACUACGACAACUUCGUCGGUCUGUGCGGAACCAACAAUGGCGAAAGCUACGAUGAUGCCGUUGCACCCAACCAGUGCUACAUGAAUAAGCCGGAAUAUUUCGCCGCUUCCUAUGCCAUUACCGGCCAGAACUGCUCAGGACCAGCCAAGGCUUACAACAUUGCCUACCAGCAGCAGUCGAAGCAGGAAUGCGCCAAGCGCGAAUACUACUACGGAAACAUCAUCAGCGAACAGGAAGCCGGUCGCAAGCGUUAUCGCUACUACAACCACUACGUCAACGAUGAUAGCUCAUCGUCUUCUUCCUCCUCCUCCUCGUCCUCAUCCUCGUCAUCUUCCUCGUCGUCUUCCUCAUCAUCGUCUGAGUCCAACUCCGACUCCAACUCCAGCUCCAGCUCGUCGGAAGAGAAAGAAUACAAACCCCACGAACAGCGUCAAACCGUGAAACAGUGCGCAAUCCAGCACCAACAUCAGAUCCUCGAACAGGGUGACCAGAUCUGUUUCACCAUGCGCCCCCUGCCGGUCUGUCGGUCCCAGUGCAAGGCUUCCGAGAAGAGUCCGAAGUACUUCGACGUACAUUGCCGAAACCGUGACGAUCCGGCUGCUAAGAUGUACAAGAACCAAAUCUCUAAGGGCGCCAAUCCGGACCUGAGCUCCCGUUCGGUGUCCAAGACGGUCAAGUUCAACAUCCCCAAGGACUGCUACCACUCCAAGUGAAGAUCAAGUGCUGAUCGAGACGGGGAAUGACAACACAAAGACUAAAGAAGAAAGAAAAGCAAAGGAAAUGGACAAACUGUAGAUUACGAACCAUGUGAAUAAAGCAAAUUUUGGCAAUUUA